GCGCUAUAGCUGUUAGCGCAGAAAUCAAUGUAUCGUUUGAAAGACAUGCGUAUGUUUGCGUUUUAACAUUUUCCUCUUAAAUUACUAUUAUUUGACUCUUUAUUAAAUAAUUCCUUAUUUAGAGUAAAACAUUAUCAUUCGGUUUAAAAUUUGUGCAAAAUCAUAGUGAAAUUGCAGCUCCAGAAUUAUGGAUAACAAAUAUCUGCCCACGCUCGGUUCUUGGCAUGAAACGUACUGUACCGUACCCAACUUUGGGUUACAUAGAAUCAGUUUUCAGUAAUAUUUCAACAUUUUGAAUGUUUGACAACAGCCCAUCUCACGAAAUGGAUGAGAAUCUGAGCAGGGGAUACAUUCAACUUGGCAAAGGACGGGGAAAUGACUUCAGAUUCUCAAAAGAGUUCAGACAUCUUUCACCCCCUGUGGACAAAUUCAAUGCCAUUUACCUGUCACUGGUUUUGGCUGGAGUAGGAUUUCUCCUCCCUUACAACAGUUUUAUCAUUGCAGUGGAUUAUUUUGGAGCGCAGUAUCCAGAUACAACGAUUGUGUUUGAUAUGUCAUUGAUGUACAUAGGAACGGCAAUCUUUGCCGUCUUCGCUAACAAUUUUGUAGUGGAGACAUUUUCUCUCAAUACUCGCAUCACAUUUGGUUACAUAGUGUCUUUCUUCACUCUUCUUUUCGUAGCGACCUGUGAGAUUUGGUGGGGGAUAUUCGGCACAAGCACUCUCUACACCAUGAAUUUGGUCGCCGUUUCAGUAGUCGCUCUCGGCUGCACGGUUCAGCAGUCAAGCUUCUAUGGUUACACAAGUAUGCUGCCCAGCAGGUACACGCAAGCUGUGAUGGCCGGUGAAAGUGGAGCUGGUCUACUAGUGUCGAUCAACCGAAUUCUAACCAAACUGCUGUUGGAUGACGGCAGGCUCAACACAUUGAUAUUUUUCUCGAUUAGUGCAGUGUUAGUGUCGCUCUGCUUCGCCCUCCACCAAGCAGUGCAGAAAACAGACUUUGUCCAGUUCUACCUGACACUGUGCAGAGAGUCCAAGAAGAUAACUCUCGAACCCACUGAGGAUGCAGGUUUGAUGGACCCAGUGGAGCCAGGUGGUGAGGGUGGCAAGAGCCAGUACGGCGUGCUGAAGCUGCAGCAAAGUCCGCUGGACUCGGCCGGGCCAGGCACUGUGGGUGGAGUGGGCGGGGGCAGCCACUUCAGCUUCGCCAAUCCCGUGUACGAGCCGACGGCGACCACCGCCCCCGGAACCGGUCCCACCUACAAGGUCGAGGAUGUCGUCGUCAGGAUGCACGGCGCCGGCGCCACGUCAACCUCCUACCGGCGAACAAACUCCACCAGGUUGUGGGCUGCUAUCAAGAAGGGCAUGGCGGCACGCAUGGAAGUGACUCGUAGCGUGUGGCAGUACAUGCUGUCCAUAGCACUGGCCUACUUUGUGACACUGUGCCUCUACCCGGGCAUCGAGUCGGACAUUCACAGUUGCCGCUUUGGCUCAUGGAUGCCUGUCAUCAUUAUGGCUGCAUUUAACGCGGCUGAUCUACUCGGAAAGAUGCUGGCAUCAGUGACAUACGAGUGGUCACGAGGCGAGCUGCUGAUGUUCGCGGGCGUUCGCGCGUUGCUGAUUCCGCUGCUGGUGCUGUGUGCCAUUCCGCGUCAGGCGCCCAUCAUCUCCAGCGAAGAGGCGCCCAUCCUCAUCUCCAUCAUGCUCGGACUCACCAACGGCCUCGUCGGCAGUCUGCCCAUGAUCCUCGCGCCCGCCAGGGUGCCCGACCACCAUCGCGAGCUCACUGGUAACAUGAUGACGCUCUCGUACAACGUUGGCCUGACAGCUGGGUCGCUAGUGGCCUAUCUACUGGAUGGCCUCAUCAACAUGUACACAACUGUGCCGUACCGCCAGAUCUGCACUGAGCUGGUGACAAGUGCCGCUGCCGCCACAACCGCCGCCACCGAGCUGGCCAACCUCACAACAACGGCUGUCACCACGGCAACAACAUCAUCUGUGGUGUUGACAACAACCACCACUCAGCUGACAACAACGGCAGCUGCUGCGGUCAGCAGUAUUCUCAUGACAUCCGUCACUCCGGUCCCUUCCGGCGACUACAACUCUACCUUCUUCUAACCAUCUAGCCACCACAACUAAAUCAUUUACUACCAAAUUGAUAUCCAACUAACAAAGCAGUCGCAUACAGCUGUUGACAGCUUUGGAAUGUAGUGUUUGAAGCACUCUAAAUAAUAAUAUUCUUACUAAGUAGUCGUUUCCUAUGAGACUGCAGGUUCAGAAUUGUGGGUCGUUUGGCCGCAUCUAACUUCCAAGUUCAUCGCUAAUCCGAUCAGCUGGUGGAUUACAAACCAAUAUGGUCGUAUCUAUUAAAAUAAUACCAUGAAGAAAUCAUACGUAUGUGGUAAUUUAUUCUAUGAUAAUACUGAAACACUAAUAACCAAAGACCUUAAAGAGAUAUAGACCCACAAUGCCUAUGCCUUCCCAAUGAUAGCUCUUACUUGAAAUUGAAGGCCGCCAUUGGGGUAUUUUAGCAC